AUGGAAAACCUCGUCAGACAAAUAGUCAUUACCAUCGUGUUAUCUUUCGUUAUAAUUAAGAUUUUUCUAACUUUAUUCCGAAAGAAAGAAUUACGGGCGAUUUUCGAUACCAUCGAGGCUGACUAUGAAAGUUUUAACAACCUGCCAGAAGACGAAUUAUCCAUUGUAAUUGAAGCCAUAGAAAAGACUCAAAAGUUGGAGAAAAUCUGGAUUCUUAUCAUCGGUUCUGCGUCAGCGUCUUUUCCACUAUUAGCGUGUGUUCUCACAGUCUACUCGUACUUCACGGAAAACCCCAGAAAGUACAUGAUUCAUGAGACCAUAAUGCCCUUUAUCGAUGAUAAGAAAUAUUCGUCUCCGUUCUUUGAAAUCCAAGCGGUAUACAGUCUUUAUAUAGUUUGGUUGGUCUUCGUUGGAUACACAGGAUUUGAUGGUAUAUUCUCUGUAUGUAUACUCCAUAUAUCGUUGAAAAUAAAGCUAUUUUCGCACAAACUUAUGCAUUUAAUGGAUGACACAGAUGUGCCAAGUGUUAAACUAAGAAUCGCCUCCAUUGUGAGAGAUCAGUGCGACGUUUAUAGUUUUAUCCAACAAAUUCAGACGAGCUUCGAAAUAUGGCUGGCUGGGAUAUUUCUAAUAUCCGUUGUACAAAUAGGGAUGGCUCUAAGCCAGACCACCACAAAAGGCGACAGUGAAGUGAAUAUAAUAUAUUAUGUCUUCGCUGUGACAACUGCUGUACAUAUCUACCUGCCCUGCUAUCUCACAUCUGAUGUUACUUUUAACAUGGCUGAAGUAGCUAACUGUAUAUACGCUUGCAAGUGGGAGUCGACCCCGGACAGCGGUGUGCGCCGCGCAGUCGCUAUCAUGCUUGCGCGUGCGCAGGUGCCAACGCACUUCAAAGCGUAUGACAUGCUCACUUAUAACAUGAAGAUGUUUGUUUCCAUAAUGCAGACAGCUUAUUCCAUGUAUACGCUUUUGAGAUCAUAA